CCACGCUACCCCAUCCACGAGUUGCUGAUCAAUAUGCUGGGACGUGUUGCCUCUUGCCUGCACUCUCCACCUGCACCAUAGACUGUCCCUUUUCCGCAUUUGACCGGCGUCCUAGCAUUUCACGGGCCGGUAUUCCACGACCGCAUUACACGCAUACCACCUCUCACCUCCCAUCUCCCACCUCCCACACAUCCGGCGCGUCCCCGCCAUGUCGUUCCUCGGCGGCGCAGAGUGCUCGACGGGCGCCAAUCCGCUCAGCCAGUUCACCAAGCACGUGCAGGAUGACAAGUCGCUGCAGCGCGACCGCCUGGUCGGACGCGGGCCUGGCGGCAUGCAGGAGGGCAUGCGCAGCCAGCAGAUGGGCCCGCAGGACGGCAUGAUGAACGAGUUCAUGCAGCAGAACGCACAGCUGCCCCAGGGGCCCGGCCCCGCGUCGCCGUUCGCCAUGGAGCAGAUGCGCCGCGAGCUGGAGCGCGCACAACACAGCGGCUCGCCCGCCUGGGCCGCCGAGUUCGACCCCGGCCUGCAGGCGCCGCAGAUGGGGCCGUCGAUGCAGGAGCAGCGCCCGGCUGGCUUCAACCCCGCCGAGUUCGCCAAGUUCCAGCAGAUGAACCCCGCCGAGCGCACCGCGAGCCCCGCCGCGUCCGCGCAGAUGGGCUACCAGCGCCCAAUGCAGUACAGCGGCAUGGGCAUGGGCAUGGGCAUGGGUAUGGGCGGCAUGGGCAUGAUGCCGUCGUACGGCCAGCAGAACUUCCAGCCGCCCGUGCAGACAUCUGGCAAGGGCAAGGAGCGCAUGGUAGAGCUCGACGACCAAGACUGGGAGGCCCACUUCAAGCAGCUGGAGGAGACGGACCAGGACCUCGACGCGCUGGACGCAGAGGCCGCCAAGAACAUCGAGGCGGAGCUGAACGAGAUGGACAGGUCAGUAGACGCCGACGCCGACUUUGGCGACUUCGAGUCGGUCUGGAAGGGCAUCCAAGCUGAGACUCAACGCGCUAGGCACCUCGUCGACGACGCCGCCUUCGCCGACGGCAUGCACAUGGGCGACCUCGACCAGUGGGAGGGCUUCGACGGGCUCAACACCCACUCGGCCCGCGACCCGUCCAUGGGCGACUACCUGUUCGAGCAGGAGAACUUCUUCAAGAACGUCACCAACCCCUUCGAGGAGGGCAUGAAGAUCAUGGAGGAGGGCGGCAACCUGUCGCUGGCCGCUCUCGCCUUCGAGGCCGCCGUGCAGAAAGACCCCAACCACAUCGCCGCCUGGGUCAAGCUGGGCGAGUCGCAGGCCCAGAACGAGAAAGAGACGCCCGCCAUCCGCUCCCUCGAGCACGCCCUCAAGCAGGACCCGAACAACCUCGAAGCCCUCAUGGGCCUGGCCGUCAGCUACACAAACGAGGGCUACGAAUCCACCGCCUACCGCACCCUCGAGCGCUGGCUCGCCACCAAAUACCCCUCGCUCAUGAAAGAACCCCUCUCCUCCGACGCCGAAAUGGGCUUCACCGACCGCCACCUGCUGCACGAAAAAGUCACAAACCUGUACAUCCAAGCCGCCCAGCUCUCCCCGACAGGCGAGCAAAUGGACCCAGACGUGCAAGUCGGGCUGGGCGUGCUCUUCUACGGCGUCGAGGAAUACGACAAAGCCGUCGACUGCUUCGGCGCGGCCCUCGCCAGCACCGAGUCCGGCGUCAGCAACUCCUCGUCGCAGGUGCACCUGCUAUGGAACCGCCUCGGCGCGACGCUCGCCAACUCCGGCCGCAGCGAGGAGGCCAUCGACGCGUAUUCGCGCGCGCUCGCCCUGCGCCCGAAUUUCGUCCGCGCCCGCUACAAUCUCGGCGUCAGCUGCAUCAACAUCGGCUGCUUCACCGAGGCCGCGCAGCACCUGCUCGGCGCGCUCGCGAUGCACAAAGUCGUCGAGGCCGAGGGCAAGGAGAAGGCGCGCGAAGUCGUCGGGUCCGGGGUGUCGGAGUCCCAGCUCGAUAACAUGAUUCACCAGAACCAGAGCACGAAUCUGUACGACACGCUCAGAAGGGUGUUUGGCCAGAUGGGGCGCAGGGACUUGGCGGAUACGGUGGGGCCCGGGAUGAAUGUCGAGGCGUUUCGUGGCGAGUUUGAGUUUUGAGGGUGGUGGGGGG